AUGACAAGUGGCAUCACUGUUACUGACGAAGACUGGAAUGAAUUUAACGACAUCAACAAGGUGAUCAUACGUGCUCCAAUUCGCACUGAAUAUCGUAUUGCUUUCCCGUUCAUGUAUAACAACCUCAUAAACAGCUUGCCGGUACAGGUCUCCUGGUACCAUACCCCGUCGGUUGUCUUCAUCAAAACGGAGGAUCCCGAUCUGCCGGCAUUCUACUAUGACCCUCUGAUCAAUCCCAUCUCACAGCGUUCUGCAGAAAAGGUUACCAAUCAUUGUUUUUUAUUUGUCAAAAAUUUUCUCCUCAUUUGUCAAAGAUUUCCGGAGGCGCAGUUAGUUUGGUAUGGACCAAAAUUUUAUUUUCAGGAACAGCAAGCGGAUUUUUCCUCAUUUUUCUAA